AUGCGUCUUGCUGGCUCCUCCGCCCCGCAUUCCGCCCCGCGCGCCUGCUUCUUCGUCACCUGUCCCGUACACGCCUUUUCCCAAUCCGUCAAUGUUGACACUCUUCCCCCAAACCCUCUUCCCCCAAACACUCUUCCCCCAAACACUCUUCCCCCAAACCCUCUUCCCCCAAACACUCUUCCCCCAAUCCCUCUUCCCCCAAACACUCUUCCCCCAAACCCUCUUCCCCCAAACACUCUUCCCCCAAACCCUCUUCCCCCAAACACUCUUCCUCCAAACCCUCUUCCCCCAAACACUCUUCCCCCAAACCCUCUUCCCCCAAACCCUCUUCCCCCAAACACUCUUCCCCCAAACACUCUUCCCCCAAACACUCUUCCCCCAAACCCUCUUCCCCCAAACACUCUUCCCCCAAACACUCUUCCCCCAAACACUCUUCCCCCAAACCCUCUUCCCCAAACACUCUUCCCCGAAACACUCUUCCCCCAAACCCUCUUCCCCCAAACACUCUUCCCCCAAACCCUCUUCCCCCAAACACUCUUCCCCCAAACCCUCUUCCCCCAAACACUCUUCCCCCAAACCCUCUUCCCCCGAACACUCUUCCUCCAAACCCUCUUCCCCCAAACACUCUUCCCCCAAACCCUCUUCCCCCAAACCCUCUUCCCCCAAACCCUCUUCCCUCAAACACUCUUCCCCCAAACACUCUUCCCCCAAACCCUCUUCCCCCAAACCCUCUUCCCCCAAACACUCUUCCCCCAAACACUCUUCCCCCAAACACUCUUCCCCCAAACCCACUUCCCCCAAACUCUCUUCCCCCAAACCCUCUUCCCCCAAACACUCUUCCCCCAAACCCUCUUCCCCCAAACCCUCUUCUCCCAAACCCUCUCCCCUCAAACACUCUAUCCCCAAACCUUUUUCCCAAACCCUCUCUCCAAUUUUCUGAUGCAGGUCGCAUCAGGGUGGAUGGCACAGCAGAG